CGCGCGCCGUAUCCGCACGGACGUACGUCUCAACAGUGCGUAUUCACUUUAUCGUUAGCAAUAUUUCAUCGUUCGUUUUUUGUUCAAAUCCUUUUCGUGUUCUGUCUUGACGCGAAAUUGUUUAACAGAUUUUUAUUUUACAAAUUGUUUUAUUCUUUCAUUGUAACGCUUUUUGUUGACGAUGACGUAAAAACAGUGCCGGUGACAAGGGUGAUGUGAAUUGUGUUGUGUUGUGAUUGAGAUGUGCCUUGUGUAGUUUUCGUUAGGAUGGGGUAUGCGUCGGCUGGCACGGGGCGGGCGGCACACGAGGCGCUGCUGGCCCGACAGGACGCCGAGCUCCGGCUCAUGGAGACGAUGAAGAGGAGUCUCCAGGCCAAGAUGAAGAGCGACCGGGAAUAUGCCCUCGCUCUCUCCGCGGCCGCUGCUCAGGGCCAGAAGAUGGACAAAUGCGAGGAACUUAACGGCUCAGUGAUAGCGUCAGCCUGGCGCACCAUGACUGAAGAGUGGGAGAACACGAGCCGGCAGAUCAAGGCCAACGCCGAGGCGCUGGAGGCGCGCGCGCUGGACCGGCUCGCCUCGCUCAUGGUGGAGCGGCGGAAGGCCCGCAAGGUCUACCAGGAGGACCACGCCAAGAUAUCCUCGCAGUUCACACAGCUGUCAGAGGAGGUGACGCGGAAGCAGAGCGAGUACCAGAAGUGCCUGGAGUCGUACAAGCAGAUGCGCGCCAAGUUCGAGGAGAACUACCUUAAAUGUCCAACGAGCCGCGGUGGUCGCAAGCUGGACGAGACGCGGGAUAAGUACGGCAAAGCGUGUCGGAGGCUGCACCGGGCGCACAACGAGUAUGUGCUGCUGCUGGCCGAGGCCACGGAGUGCGAGCGCGCGCUGCGGACCGCCGCGCUGCCCGCGCUGCUCGACCUGCAGCGGCGGCAGGGCGAGGCCACCGCCACGUCCUGGAAGAACAUCCUCCUGGAGGUGGUGCAGCGGUCGGACUUCAACACGGACAAGUUCCGGGAGAUCCAGAGCAAGGUGGACUCCACCGUGCAGAACCUCAAGCCCCAUGAGGAGUACAAGGAGUUCAUAGACAAGUACAAAUCACCCCCUUCAACGCCAGUAUCGUUCACGUUCGACGAGAGUCUAGUGGAGGACACGAGCGGCAAGCUGCAGCCCAACCAACUGACAGUGGACAACCUCACCGUGGAGUGGCUUAAGGAGAAGCUGACGGAACUCGAAGGCACCCUGCAAGACAACCGCGAGAAACAGGCGCAGCUGGUGCCGGAGGCAAAUGGAGUCUGCAAGAACAACAACACCAGUCUCACCAACGGCGUCAAUGGGAUCGACAGGCAUUCCCCUCCGCCGAUCCCGGCGACGGCGUCCGAGCCGGUGAAGCUGCUGGAACUGCGGAUGGCCGAGCGCAAGUGCGCCAAGCAGGCAGAGAUGAUCAGGUCUGCGCUGGCGGAGCUGGGGUGCGAGGAGGCGCCGAGCGGCUGCCCCGACCUGUCGGCCGAGACCGUGGGCGUCGACAGUCUGGACGGCAGCUCGCCCGACCACCAGGAGCGUUCCUCGAUCGGGUCGAGAACGUCCACCGAAGCGCUGCGCCUGCGGCUGCACUCCAUAAUCCCGCCGCGACCCUUCUUCCGGAUGUUCGCGCGCCCCUUCCGGCGCAAGUCCGUGCCCUCCAGCCCGGCCCUCCCCCCCAAAACCUACCGCAGCAGCAGCGAGGGGCCCGCCGACUCGGUGGGCACGCUGGAGGCGGAGCGGUCGCUGGUGGAGCAGGAGUGGUUCCACGGCGUGCUGCCGCGCGAGGAGGUGGUGCGGCUGCUGCGCGCCGACGGCGACUACCUCGUGCGCGAGACCACGCGCAACCACGCCCGGCAGCUAGUGCUGUCCGUCUGCUGGGGGCAGCACAAGCACUUCAUCGUGCAGACCACGCCGGAGGGUCACUACAGGUUCGAGGGCGCGGCGUUCCCGUCGGUGGCGGAGCUGAUCGCGUGGCAGCGCACCAGCGGCGUGCCCGUCACGGCGCGCUCCGGCGCGCUGCUGCGCCGCGCCGUGCCGCGCGAGACCUGGGAGCUCAACAACGACGACGUGCAGCUGCUCGACAAGAUCGGACGGGGCAACUUCGGCGACGUAUACAAGGCGCGGCUAAAGACGACGGGGCAGGAGGUGGCGGUGAAGACAUGUCGCGUAGCGCUGCCGGAGGAGCAGAAGCGGACCUUCCUGCAAGAGGGAAGAAUCCUCAAGCAGUACCAGCACCCCAACAUCGUGCGGCUCAUCGGCAUCGCUGUACAGAAGCAGCCUAUCAUGAUAGUCAUGGAGUUGGUCUCAGGUGGUUCCCUGCUAACGUUCCUCCGUCAACGCGCGUCGUCGCUCGGGUCGCGCGCCCUGCUGGCCAUGUGCCGCGACGCCGCCGCCGGCAUGCGCUACCUCGAGUCCAAGAACUGCAUCCACCGGGACCUGGCCGCGAGGAACUGCUUGGUUGGAGACGACCACGCGGUCAAGAUCUCCGACUUCGGAAUGUCAAGAGAGGAAGAGGAGUAUAUCGUGUCGGGGGGCAUGAAGCAGAUACCCAUCAAGUGGACGGCGCCGGAGGCCUUGAAUUAUGGCAAGUACACGUCCCUGUGCGACGUGUGGAGCUACGGCGUGCUGAUGUGGGAGAUCUUCUCCAAGGGCGAGACGCCCUACGCCGGUAUGACCAACUCGCGGGCUCGAGAGAAGAUCGACUCGGGGUACCGCAUGCCGGCGCCCGAGGGCUGCGGCGAGGACGUGUACGCGCUGAUGCUGCGCUGCUGGGAGUACGAGCCCGACAAGCGGCCGCACUUCCACCAGCUCUACACCGCCAUCGACAACAUCUACAACAGAUAGCCCUGUCCUACGGGCUGUGCCAUUCUGUAUCUAUAGGUUACGCUGCUGGGGCUAUACACUAGACCACAGAGCGGAUGACUGCAGUGGGGCGACCGCUCGCCACGUGGCCGUGACGUUCACAUAUCUAAUGAUUGAGCUGUUAAUGCAUCAAUAUCCAGACCACAGAGAAUAUAUAAUUAGCUUACCGUUGAUAUAAAAGACUUGGGACUUGGAGAUUGCACCGUAACACCGUCGUUACAGUGAAACGGUACAGAUAGGUAAAAAACGAUCACUAGGAACUAUUUUCCGAAAGUGCUCCUUUUUCUAGUUAAUUGACCUUUAGUGGACCUUAUAUGACAAAAAUAAAUAAUAAUGGUCAGUUAAGUAAAGUUUGCACAAUUCAAAGUGAUGCAAAUACAAAAAUGUUGACAUUGAAUUGAUAUAGUAUUUUCUAUUUGUAUUACCUAUUCAUUUCAUUCAUAGAUAAGUGAAUGUGUAUUUUCAACGAAAUUUUUUGGAUCAAUUUGUUAAUUUAUCUGACAAUUAUAUACUACCUUUUUUAAAUGUUUGGCCAAGAAAAAUAUUGAAAGUUUGCAGCAAGCGUAAUAAUGGCCAGAUUCUAUAGAACCGAGAGUUAGGAGUUAUUUGGAGGAAUACUUAUACCUCUUUGUGAAAACAUGCUUAAAUAUAAUUAUGUUGGUUUGUAUAAAUGAAAUGUAACGUUGUUUUAUUUGAAUAAAGUAAGUUGUAAGAAUUAUGUGUGUGUACAGUUAGGGUACUUGUUGUUUAGUAUUGUUGGAACGACGCGGAGUGAUGAUCUCUUUCGAAUGGUACUUUCUAGCAAGUAGGACACGGACCGUAGUCAGUAAAUGUCUUCAUAUAUAGGAAUGAAGACUAUCUUUCAAAUAUAGGUGUUCUAAGACAGUCUUCCACAUAAUAAAUACAUAAGUGUUUGAUGCAAUUAAUAUUCUGUAGUUCAUAUUGUUUUUUGUAUGAAUAUUAUGUAAUGAGAUUUGUAUUUUAUUAUGAUAUUGCUGUGUAGUUUCAGUAAAAUACUUCACUGUGCUUCCAUUAUGUGCCUUGUAUAUCUUGAUGUUAUAAAAACAUGCUUGUUAAAUGGUUUAUGACAGUUUAUAUGCUAAGAAAUGAACGCGGGAAUUCGGUAUGUAAUGUGAUAACUCGUAUAAUAGUGCUUCCGUGUACUUUAUUUUCUAUAUAAUCUUAUGUGUCUUGCCUAGUAUCUUGUGCAUGAAUACGUGAUGAGAGUUUUUGAAUUUAACGUUUAUGAAACACAAAGUGAGAUGAAUAUUAAUGUAAGUGCUAUAGUAUAUUGCGUUUUAUAUUUUAAUGGUAACAAAUUGACUGUACAUAUUUUUUUCAUAAUAAAAGUGCCAGAUGAUAUUGGAAA